UAAUAAAUUCUUUAUUUCAGAACAAUUUAAGUCCCAUAAUUUACAUGAAUACAAUUUUAAUAAUUUUUAAUACAGAUAAAACCAAUGAACACAUAAAGCCAUUACUUAAUUAAAUCAUAAUAAUUGAGAUCCAAGUUUUAGAGCGCGCGCAAGAUAAGUCUGCGCGCGGCCAAAAUUGGAACUAAACAUUGGCCGCCAUCUUGUCGUUCCGUGUUUUUAUUCGUUUUUAAAGUAAAUAAUCGCCUUCAUUAUGCCGAAAGUGAUUAAAAGUGCUGGUAGAGAUAUUAUCUUGAAGGUCAAACGUGCUUGUGAAGAAGAACGCGAUAAGAACGGGCCUACAGUACCGUUUUCCAAGGUUAGAGCUCGCGUUGCUUAUUUGACAGGCGUUUCGGAACGUACCGUCACCCAAAUAACACAAGAGGGUAAUGUAGCAGCAGCUUCAUCUUCAAAGAUUGUGACCCCCGGAAAAAGUAGGAACCGGAAGAAAAAAAUUGCUGAACUAGACGAUUUUGAUAAGUGCGCUAUAAGGCAUAAAAUUCAAUCGUUUUACGUCGUGAAGAAGGAGAUUCCUACCAUUAAUAAACUUUGGUUGGAAUUGAAAGCAGAUAUUGAUUUUUUUGGCAGAACAUCAUUGAGGACUAUUUUAAAGACUAUGGGCUAUAAAUACAAAAAAUGCCAGUCUAAACGAAAGGUUUUAAUAGAACGCAGUGAUAUUGCAGCUUGGAGAGCAAAAUAUAUUUUGAGGCUACGCAAGAAUCGUCAGGAAGAAACUCGACCUGUCAUUUAUCUUGAUGAAACGUACAUCCAUGCUUCAUACCACCUCGAAAAAUGUUGGCAAUCGGAGAAAGAGCCUGGUGUUCUUGCUUCUGAUAGCGUUGGCGAAAGAUGGAUUAUAGCUCAUGCUGGUGGAAAAACUGGGUUUGUUGACAACGGACUGCUAAUAUUUAAAUCCAAAACAAAAUCGAGUGAUUAUCAUGACGAUAUGAAUUCAAUAAACUUCAUGCGAUGGAUGAAAGAAAAAAUUGUGCCAAAUCUACCACCGAAUAACAUUGUAGUGAUGGAUAAUGCGUCUUACCACUGCACACAGAUUAACAAGGCCCCUUCAAUGGGUAAUAGAAAAGCAGAGCUCCAAGAGUGGCUUACGAAUAAUAAUAUUGAAGUCGAUGAUUGUUGGACAAAAGCACAAUUGUAUGAACUAAUUAAAAGGCACAAAGGUGAUCCAAAGUAUGAAGUUGAUAAAAUGUUAAAUGAAAAUGGACAUGAGGUUCUUCGAUUACCACCAUACCACUGUGAUUUAAAUCCGAUUGAGAAGAUUUGGGCAAUCGUAAAGAGGCACAUUGCAGAAAAAAAUGUGAAUCAAGCGCCUAGCGAAAUAGCGCCGAUUACUGAGGAGGCAUUCAGCACAAUAACCACAGAAGAAUGGGUUAAUGUGUGUCUACAUGUCGAAAAAAUAGAAGACCAAUAUUAUGAUUCCGACAGGCUACUCGAUAUAGAAAUGGACAAAUUUAUUAUUAAUGUUACUGGUGACACUUCCGACUCUUCUGAUGAAGAUUCGGAUAUGGACUCUGACGAAGAUUGUCCAAUGGAAGGUAUAAAUCCACUGCAGGACCAUUCCUAUACCAAAUUUAGCAGUACAAGAUUUUGAAUAAAUUAUUAACAAU